GUCCCGCCUUCAGAAAAGGAAGCGGCGGUAUGGGCGGGUGCCGGCUGUGACCGCUGGGACAGCAGUGACCCGGCAAAGCGAAGGUGGCGGAGGUUGUGGCAGGUCGCUGGUUCUCUGGGCUUGGGUUGACGGUUAAAGGCGGGAGCCGGCCGCCUGGAGUAGCCCGGGGGAGGAGUCAGAAUUGUUUGGAGUCAGCACUGUGAUUCCCGGCCAUGGGUUUGUCUGCAUCUACGCCUCCUGUUGCAGUUCAGACCGAUCGUCAAACAGCGUCUCCACCUUCGGGAUGUCCGAUGCACGAAGGGAAAAUGAGAGGUUGCCCAGAGAGUUCAAAACCAUCAGACUCCACCUGUGAGAGCAAAACGUACUCUGUGCCUGCUCACCAGGAGCGCGCAUACGAGUAUGUGGAGUGCCCUGUGAAGGCCACUGCGUCUGAGAAUAAGGAGAACCUAGAUCCUUCCAAUCUGAUGCCACCACCUAAUCAGAUGCCAGCCCCCGACCAGCCCUUUCCACUGUCUACUGCCAGGGAGGAAUCCUCCAUCCCGAGAGCAGAUUCCCAGAAAAAGUGGGUUUACCCGUCAGAGCAGAUGUUUUGGAAUGCAAUGUUAAGGAAAGGGUGGAAGUGGAAAGAGGAGGAUAUUAGUCAGAAAGACAUGUAUAAUAUCAUUCGAAUUCACAAUCAGAAUAACGAGCAGGCUUGGAAGGAGAUUUUGAAGUGGGAAGCCCUUCACGCCACGGAAUGUCCUUGUGGUCCGUCGUUGAUCCGAUUUGGAGGUAAAGCUAAAGAGUAUUCACCAAGGGCAAGAAUCCGUUCGUGGAUAGGGUAUGAGUUGCCUUUUGACAGGCACGAUUGGAUCAUCAACCGCUGUGGGACAGAGGUGAGGUACGUCAUUGACUACUACGAUGGCGGCGAGGUGAACAAGGAGUACCAGUUCACCGUCUUGGACGUCCGUCCUGCCCUGGAUUCCCUCUCAGCGGUGUGGGACAGGAUGAAGGUCGCCUGGUGGCGCUGGACUUCGUAACCACUAUUUUGUUUGAGAUGGAAAAAUAGCACCUAUUUUUUUCUGAGAGAUAUAUUAAACUAUUUUCCCCAAAGUGAAUUGCAUUCAUGAUGUAAUAGAGGCUCCAAGUCGGUAAUCACACUCAACCCUUUGCUUCAGGAAGGACCGUUCUCUUGUGAAUCACAUUUUACUUUGUGGUUUAUAGCAGGUUCUUUUACGUUUUCUUCCAUUUCAGCUUAAAUAGUAGCCCCUUAGUUUCUCCUUCAGCUGCAGUAUUCCCUGUAUUUAAUCUAGAAAUGUCUGUACAACCUCUGAAAAAGAACUUUUCUUAAAAUGUUGAACAAAGAUGCUUUUCUGUCCUUACAUUUUCUCAUGAAUACUUGAUAUGCAAACACUGAAAGCCAAUUUGAUGCUCAGGAGGUAUUAACCUCAUCAGAUAUUUUAACUCAAACUGUUCAUUAUAAAUAAGAGGUAGUUGUGCUUUUUAAAAAGUUGACCAGUAUUUUUAAAGUCCGUACAGUGUAGUAGCGACCCCCAAACAUAAUGAAAAGGUAUACACUGGAAAUAAACUAAGACAAAUCUUGUAUCUUCA